GUCUAUCAGCUUUUAAUUUGAAGGCGGCAUACCGGAUGUGGUCCUCUGUUUAGCGGCCGAUGCCUCCGAUUUUCCUCCGCCGCUUCAUUUCCCUCAACGCUCGCAACCGUUCACAGGAGCGUGUCCCAGCCGAACAGCAGUAAAACGCACCAUGGCAGAGCAGGAACCUACACCCGAGCAGCUGGCAGCGAUUGCGACGGUCGAUGAUGAGGCCGACGCGGCGGUCAACUACAAACCCCCCGCCCAGAAGAGCUUGCAGGAGAUCCAGGAGCUGGACAAGGAUGACGAGAGCUUGCGCAAGUACAAGGAGGCGCUGCUGGGAAACGCUGGUGUGGUCGAAGAUCCCAAUGCCCCCAACGUCCAGGUGACGCGGAUGACUCUGGUGUGUGAUGCGGCGCCGCACCCUCUGGUCCUUGAUCUGCAGGGAGACCUGGAUAACUUCAGGAAGAACCCAUUUGUGCUGAAGGAGGGAGUCGAAUACAGAUUGAAGAUCAACUUCAAGGUCAACAGGGAGAUUGUGUCAGGCCUGAAGUACGUUCAGCAGUCAUUCAGGGCCGGGGUUAAAGUGGACAAGACGGACUACAUGGUCGGCAGCUAUGGGCCCAGACCAAAGGAGGAGUACGAGUUCCUCACCGCCAUAGAGGAGUCGCCCAAGGGGAUGCUAGCCCGCGGCACCUACAACAUCAAGUCCAAGUUCACCGAUGACGACAAACACGACCAUCUCUCCUGGGACUGGAGCCUCACUAUCAAGAAAGAAUGGAAAGAAUGAUUCCCGACACCAUCCUCCACCAAUGUCUUCCUCUGCUUUGCCCCUCUCUCUCUUCCCUCUUGUUAUAAUUCCAUUAUUUCCCCCUCUGGAUCCCUCUCUGGAUUAUUUGUUGACUUAAACUUUUGCUCUCUCCGUCCAUCGACCCCAUCCCCCUCAGUUACCAUGUCUUUUCUAAAUUCCAAUCACUUCAUCAUUCCUCCCAAAGUAAACACUUCAUUUGUUUACACCCAACCUUUCUGUUAAGUAUAAAAAAAUUUA